AUGGUACCUUACUUUAUUGAAGUUGAAUAUCCGAAAUUUUUCGUAGAAUGGCUAUCAUCAAAAAGUCUUGAUCAGUUUUCGUCCAAUGCUUGGCUUUCAUUUGUAUCGAUACUGAGCAAUAUGUGUCGUCAUGAAGCGGGCGUCGUAGCUCUAAAUGAAUUUAAUGCAAUUACUUUAUUAAAAGAAUUCAAGUCAACGUAUUCGUCAUCGUUAUUCACUCACGACGAUUUAUUGGCUUUAUAUUAUAUUAUCUACUCAGCACUGCUAAAACCACAUGAAUUGAAAAACGAAACUGACCUAGAUAUUCAAAUGGCAAUUGACUUUGGAAGUCAUCCUUCUGUUACGUGGUCAACUGUGGAGGUAACCUGCGUCAAUCAAAGAUCACGGUUCACAAUGCUUAAGAAUGAGGGCUUGAAGAAAGACUGCUUGCUUGCUUGCUUAUCAGGAACAUUUUUCAGCACUUGCUUCCAGGACAGUUACGAUGAUAAACUAAAGUCGAACAAUGAUUUUAUUCGUAUUGUUGUGCAUGCAGCUCAGCAGCCGACAACAGAAACAAAAAUAGACGUUGAACAACGAUCGAGUAUUAGAAAUUCGGCUCAAGGCAUCUUAACGAAUCUUGAUAUCGAUCAAGAAAUGCUUACGUAUAAGACACCAAGCAAGGAAAAUGAGAAUGAAAUGAGCGUCAUGGUUUCUUACGCACAUCGUGAUGCCGAUAUCUGUCAGAAGCUUGUACAGAAACUAAAAGAAAGAAUUAGCUCAGUAUGGGUCGAUUUCGAGAAACUUGAAGCAAAUGAUUGCUGGGAAGAUAUAGCUCAUGCCAUAACAGAAUCUAAUACCAUUCUAAUAAUCGCAACCGAAAAUUAUUGUGCAAGUAAAUCGUGUCGGCGAGAAGCAAUACAUGCUGAUAAACGGGGGAAAAGAAUCAUACCCAUUUACCUCUCUGACUAUCAACCAGAGGAAUGGUUGGAAAUAAGGAUUGAGAAUGCGACCUAUGUAAAGUUUAAUAAAAGACCAUUCGAAGAAACAGUCGCUAAACUGAUCGAUUUGAUUCUAAUAAAUGAGAAGAAGAACCCGAAGUCGGGACAUGGAGAUAUCUCAAUACAAGCAAAGCCUGUCGAACAGUCGAAGCUACCAACACUACCAAUCCAAGCUCCUCAUGAACUAAAAUCAGCUGAAACAAAGGUUACUUCUCCAGUACAAAGCGAAUCAAAGGCUUACAUCCCAGAUCUACCCGAAAUUCUACCGAAAAUAACGACAGAAACGCACUUUAAUGAAAAAGCGCUUUUGAAUUGGACACAAGAUGAUGUUAAAAUGUGGUUUCAUCAUGAAAGACUGAACCCGCAUUUGUGUGAGUUGUUUUCUUUUGCGAGUGGUACUGCAUUACUGACCUAUGCGAAAUUGAUCUUACGUGGCGACGAUGCAAGAAUCCAAAGUGAGUACGAAGAGUUAGCUUACCGUCUAAAGGGUGAAUUAUUCCAUCGUGACCAGUACGCUGUUUUAAUGGGUUCGUUAGACAAAUUAAUCUCUCGUUUCGAACAGAAACCGAUUUCUGACUGGAAUAGCGAUGAUAUUCAACGGUGGUUUCGUGAGCAUAAUCUACCAUCGUAUCUAUAUGAAAUGUUUGGAUUUUCAAACGGGCAAGCACUUUUCAUGUAUGCUCGCCUCGUAACUACAUUGAACGCAGACAAUGAAUAUGAACGGUUGAAAAAACGGUUAGAGAUCCAGUACGGCAAACCUUUCUACUUAAGUGAACAUGCUAAACUUUUAACUGCAAUGAUCGAACUAACAAAUACCUUUCAAAAAGCCUCACAAGUUGAACAAUCUGUCAUAAAUAACAGCGAAUCUCUAUCGUGUUCUGUAAUGUAA